AACGCAAUGUAAUGUCAAUUGUCGUGGUGAAAUCACCGCGUUGACGGUUCGGAAAAGAAAAGAUGAGACGACGAUGAACGGCGAGCGAGAUUCGUGACUGUUUCGCGUACUACGGGAAGAGGACCACGAAGAACGAACGGAAGGAGGAAGAAGCGGGCCGGUCCGGUGGGGCCCCGGCCAUGGGGGAGACAGUAUGUUCUCCGAGCUGUGCAGGGAGACCCUGCGGAAGGCAGCAGUGUGUUACUCUGCUCGUGCAGGAAGUCCAUCACCAUCGCCACCAACGUCUCCGCCGCCAUCACCCGCCAAGGAGGCAAAGACUGCUGCCAACGCUGACCUGGCAAAUGUCCGUGAUGCCAUUCACGAAGGAAUCAGAGACCAUCACCACCACCACCACCACCACCACCACCAUCAUUCAGGGACCACCGCCGGAAAGCGAGCAUCGCCGACCGGAAACACCACCAGCGAGCCCAGAGAUUCGGCCUCAGAAAGAUCGGCCUCAACCGAUCGUCCGAACGACUUCAGGGAGUACGUUUACGUCCGAAAGCGACCGGCGAUGCCCACUGACUUCAGCAAACGAUUGCCCGCACUCGAGGCAAGAGAAGGACGACGUAGUGGCACAUGCGGUACCAUCGAGUCCACCCGAUCGGUAUCCCCCGAGAAAGGAACAGGACGUCAACACGAGGACUACCGAGGAGGAGGAAGUGCCAGCAAUGAAUGCGGUAGAUCGGACUCAAGAAUCAGCCGACGAUCCUCAGGAUCGUCGCCCGAACCCGAGGACAACUCCUCAACUUCUGGCGACGAAGCUGGAGCCGCUCCUGAGGAAACUAACCAAAGGUCCAGUUCUGCACACAAUCGCCACUCUCUCACGAAGGAGCAAACGAUGCACUGGUUCGCCCAGAUUGGUGGUGACGACUCCCUCUCUUUGACAGAUGUGAAGCGCCCGCGAAGUCUCUACGACGAGGACUCCCUCGAUGGCGAUCGUCCUUACGACAAUGAAGGACGGGAGUCGACGGGAAGCACGAAGGACUUGGACAGGGCGAAGCUCGUCCGCGAGAGGCAGAACGAGGAGCGGCAGCGGAAAUUGGAGGAGCUCAGGCAGCAGGCUCUCGCCGCGCAACGCUUCCGCGAACAGCGUGAGGAAGAGCGACGAAGACGCAUCGAUGAACUUAGAUCGCGUGAUAAUGACAGACGAAAUCAAGUCGAAGAGAGAAAACGGCUGAUAUGCGAGGCGGAGCGAGAGAGACGGGAGGCUAUCCUCCGUAAAAAUCAGGAGAGAGAGGCACGCAUCGAGGCAAAGAAGAGGAAUGAGAGGUCGCACAUCGUUUUCGCGUUUGGCAGCUCCACGCCGCGGAUGCUGGAGCCCAAUGUCAUGAUGUUUUCUGCUGCGCAGCCCCUCACUAGGAGAUCCUCCGAGAGAGAGCUGGAUGGCAGCAAGAAACGGGCCACUUCCGCUGGCGGACUCGACCGGAAACCGGGCGAAGAUAUGAGAAUGUCCUCGUCCAUGUACGAGGUGUUCAAUUGGAAUUCUAGCCCCGAUCCCCCCUUAACUCCUGCCAAGCAUAAGAGAGCCAGCCUCUCUCUGCCCCCCACAACUGACAUCUUUGCCGUCGAUGAUAAGUCCGAUAGCGACACUAGGCGUCCCAUGAUUCAGCGGGUUGCCAGUGGUGAUGAUAGCGACGGUGGCACGCCCAGCACCCCGACCUCGGUUUACCUACGUGUGAACAGGAGACGCACCGACCUCAUGCCGACGAUACCGUCCCCGCGCGACGGCCCGCCGUCGACGGCACGCAGCUCCAGCGCCAAGGCCUUCACACGUUCGCCAGGUAGGACUUACUCCAUGUCCAGGCUGGAUCAGCUGGCGCAGCCUAGGAAACGCACGACCGAGCAACAACUCGGCACGUUGGCGGAACAACAGCAAAGCCAGCCUCUGCAGAGCGCUUCUAGCAUGAGUCGCAGCAUGUCGCACUUGGCCGCGCCCGGAGGAGCCAAGAGUCUAAAACGCUCCGAUAACUCGCGUAGCAUGGGCACGCUACCGGGCGCGGCACCUAUGCCCAGACCCACCCGCGCCGAAAGACUACGCCGAAAGGCUCGCGAGUACCAGCAGAUCCAACAGCAACAAGGUAUCCGCAGCGGCGAAGUGACACCCAACAGCCCGUCCCGACCGCACAGCUCCAUGAGUCAACAGAGUGCCAGCAGCGUGGGCAGCAGUAACGUCAAUCUGCGUACCCGCACGGCCGCGUCGCGCCGACCGCGGCCUGCUUCUAUUGCCGGUACCGGUGUCUCGGUCACAGAGAAACACAAUCUGGUGGACUCGAAAUUAACGAAGGAUUCAAAGCCACCACUGCCAAAGGUCCAUAGCACUCCAAAGAAACCUUCUAUAAUACCCAAAGUCGCGGAAGUGAGGAAGCCGACGGAGAAGUUAAUCAAGAACGCCAAGUCAUCACCGCGAAUAACUCCGAAAGCGACACCCCUGCAAAGUCCCGGAGCUGAGCACGCACCACUCAUUCGCGAAACUAACGUGGAGAUCAUAAAGCAGGAUGAGAAUAAAGAGACGCAAAAUGUGAAAUCGGAAGAUAAAAACGAGGAAAAGAAGGAUCAGGGUAGCGAAAAGACACAGGAAGCGAACAUUGUCGAAUCUAUAACUAAUGAUACAAAGAUAGCGACAGAACCUGUGUCGGCAAGCAAACAAGUCAAAGACGAGACUAAUUUAAUGCAAGAGAAUCUAUCAGGUGCUAUUGCGGAAGAACCGUCGAAAGUCGCUAAAAAGGAAGAGAACAAGCAGGAGAAGAAAUCGCCGGAGAUGACUGAAAUCAAGCUUGAAGGUGAAGCGGACGAGCAAGUUGAUAUGUCAGCUUCAAUGAUCGCGAAAAUCAGAAUCACCACCGAAGAGGAAGCAAAAGCCGCUUUGGCUGAACGUAGAAGAUUAGCUCGAGAACAAGCGGAACGAGAAGCGGAAUUGGAGCGCCAGCGACAGGAGGAAGAAGCACGUCUAGAAGCUGAAAGAUUACGCGCGGAGGAAGAAGAGCAACGUCGUUUGGAGGAAGAAACUAUACGCUUAGCUAAUGAAGCUCGAGAAGCCGAGGAACAACGAUUACAAUUGGCAAUCGAAGAAGCUAAACGUCGUGAGGAAGAGGAUAGAAGAAAAAGAGAGGAGGAAGCUCGUCAGAAACAAGAAAAAGAAGAAGCAGAACGCAAAGCGAGAGAAGAAGCAGAAAAACAACGAAUCGAGAUGGCUGAGAGGCUUAAGAAGGAAGAAGAGGAGCGCAACGCCAGACGCAAACGAGUCGAGGCGAUUAUGCUUAGGACUAGAGGCAAAAAUCAAACCAAUACGCCUACCAAGGGAGAAGGCGGUGAUGGCGACAAGCUAAAAGAAGACAGCCCUACCGACGAGAAUAAACCGAUGCCGGACGGUAAAGGUGACGACGUCAUGACAGCUAGUUUAAUUUCCGAGGCGACUCAGCAAUUUAUCAGUGGCGAACAACGGGCGCAUCAUACAGAAAACAGCGUACCCGCACCUGAUAUAGUUCACAACGGCACGACACAUAGCAACGGCAUUAACGAAAAUAAAAUUGUAUUGGAUAAUAAUCAGGGUAACGUUGAAGGAGAAUUGAACGGUCAUCAUACGAAUCAUGGGAAUGGUAUCAACAGUCAAUCGAUUACGCUGGACAAUGCCACUGUCAAGCAAAACAACGUGACCAACGACCUGUUAGACCUGUCGGACUUCGAUACUCUGAGUAAUAACAGUACCGGCUAUGAUACCGGGCCGAUACUCGAACUGACGCCCAAUCUGGCGAAUGAGGAUACCCUCAACUCCAAUCUGAAUCCGGCGGCGAUGCCAUUUACCCCGAUGGGGUUCGUGCCCGCCACCGCUAAUGCCAAUGUCAAUCCGUUCCAGGACAAUUUCAUCAAUAAGCCACAGGAUAACAAUCAAGUACCAGAUCUACUAUCAUAAGGUGUCUCUUAAACGUUCCCGGGCGAACAGAAAAAGAGCAGUUGGGCAACCGAAUUGCUCAUAAUGAGCGGUAGCUAUAUUCGGAACGAGACGUUGUUGUUUAUGAUAAUGUAAAUAACCGCCGUCGCGCGACGUAUCAUGUGUAAAGGGGAAACCUCGGUGAAGCGCGAGAAUGAGGGCGCAAAGACUAUCCCCGUGCCUCACAAUCAUGCCGAGCUCUGAGCGUCGUCAUCGGGAAGAAGGAAGUGUAAAAUAAUAUAUGAUGUUAAUUGAUUAUUAUUACGCAACAGCAAGUAUGGACACUCCAUCUGUGUGUCGUAGUACGCUAUUAGACAAAUGUAACUUUCUAAAGAAAGGGGAUUGAGGCCUAUUUGUAACACAUCAUUUUCGGAUGUUCAUUACACAGACAUAUUUUACGAUAACGAAUCGAGAUGAAAUUAUUUUUUUUCUCACAUACACACGCAAACAUACAUAUACACACACGACUUCGCCCUUAUCACACAUACAUGCGUGUGUAGAUUAUAAUUAAAAUUUUUGGGGCGUUAAUCAAUAGAGAUGACAAAAUUGGAAAUUACGGAGAGUAAAUGACGAAUAAACAUAACACAAGACGCAAAAGAAGAAGAGAGGUAAAAUAGAAGUCGGAUUAAAUGCUGAGAACGUAUCUGCCAAAAUGAUGGAUUAGAGAAUGUCCCUAACAUAUAAGAUAACGUAGCGUGGUACUAUCUUAUAACAAUUUCAUGAGUAGAUCUAAGCGCGUUAUCGAAUUCAACAUAACAGACAUUCUGCAGAUACGAGAUGGGGAAAAGUAGAUAGAAAAAGAAAAAACUUUUCUUCCAUACCAGAUUUUGGGGCAUGCGCUCACUAGUCAAGCAAUCUUACUGUUUUUUUCUUUUCUUCUUUUUAUCGCAUUUCAUUUAGAGGGCCUACUUAACAUUGGUAUAUACUCUAGGUAUUUGCUAGACUUCACUAUCGUUACGUUUUUUCGUGGAUCGUGCAUAAAUUUUCUAGCUGUGAUGACGAAGACGAUAAUGCUGAUUGCUUUGUGAGAUAGCCGCUGCAUAAGUUAACGGUGAGUGACGAUCUAGUAACGUUAAUUGUAAGAAUUGUUACGCGAGAGAUACUAUGGAUGGGAUUUAAUUGCACUUUAUUCGACGAAGGUAAAUACAAUCAAUACCGCAACGUUAAUACAUAACGUAAUAGCGAAUAUCGCUGCAACGUCCAAAAAGUGAGUUUUACUUGUCAUUAUUUGCAACAUAAAAAUUCUGAGACGUGGAAUAUAUCGGUAGCAUGCUUUAUAUUUUGCGCUCGCCCUAUUUCAUCAUAUCAUAUAGAUAUCAUAUAGAAUUCGACAAAUUAUUUAUAACAAGAAUAGAGAAACGAGCAUUUCUGUUAUUCUGAUUUUAUUCG